AAGUGCAUCCAGAGCCUUCUCGGUGCAGAACAAGCAUCGCUGUGUGCGCAAGCGUGGGGACGGCCAGCAGUUCGGGCAGCCGCCGGCUCCUGCCCUUGCGGAAAAAUACGGCCCCAUCUUCACCCUCCACUUUGGGUUCCAGAAAGUUGUGGUCCUGACCGGGUACGAAGUUGUGCGGGAGGCGCUUGUGAACUACACAGAGGAGUUUGUAGACAGACCAUCCAUCCCAAUAUUUGACCAAAUUCAGAACGGAAACGGUUUGUUCUUCUCUAUCGGGGAGCUGUGGAGAACAACUCGGAGGUUCACCGUAUCCAGCAUGCGCAACCUCGGCAUGGGGAAAAAAAUGAUAGAAGGGAGAAUUUUUGAGGAGCUUCACUUCCUUAUCGAGAUGAUAAAAUCCUUCAAAGGGGAACCUUUUAGCCUGACGUCCUUCAACUGUGCUCCAAUCAACAUCACCUUCGUCAUGCUGUUUGGGGACAGGUUUGACUAUAAGGACCCAACAUUUCUCACUCUCUUAAGACUCAUAGAUGAAGUUAUGAUUCUUCUGGGAUCUCCAAAUCUGAGCUAUUUCAAUUUCUACCCGUUCCUUGGAUUUCUUUUCAAAACCCACAAGAUUAUGCUUCGGAAAAUAGAAGAUGUGCGUGUCAUUUUAAGGCAAUACAUGAAGGCAAGCAGGGAGGAUAUCAAUGAGAACAGUGUGAGGAGCUACGUUGAUGCACUGAUAUUCAAGCAACAAGAGGAGAAAAACAAGAAAGACAGCCUCUUCCAUGAUGACAACUUAAUAGCAUCCAUACUCGACCUGGUCAUGGCGGGAACAGAGACCAUAGCCACAACGCUCCAGUGGGCCAUCCUGCUGAUGAUGAAAUACCCAGAGAUUCAAAAAAAGGUGCAGGAGGAGAUUAGGAGAACCGUCAAAGCUGGAAGCUGGGACACAUAUGAGGACCGGAAGAACCGGAAGAACAUGCCAUUUACAAAUGCGGUGCUACAUGAAGUGCAGAGGUUUAUCACCCUCCUGCCCCACGUUCCCCGCUGCACUGCUGUUGACACCCACUUCAGGGGCUACUUCCUUCCCAAGGGUAUAAUUGUAAUCCCGUCACUCACCUCGGUGCUCCUGGAUAAGACGCAAUGGGAGACACCACAUCAGUUCAACCCCAACCACUUCCUUGAUGCUGAAGGGAAUUUUGUAAAGAGAGGGGCUUUUCUGCCCUUCUCCACAGGGCGCAGGAACUGCAUUGGAGAAAGCCUCGCCAAGAUGGAGCUGUUUGUCUUCUUUGUAGGGUUGCUUCAGACAUUUACAUUUCAACCCCAGCCAGGAGUUUCAGAGUCUGACUUGGACCUUACCGUCCCCCAAACGACUUUCACAUUAAGGCCUCGGCCUCAGGCAACCUGUGCUGUCCUGCAUGAGUAA